AUGGCCUGCAUGCCCAGAUCUGGGUGGAAUGCCUGGAGAUACCACAUGGCAGAGAAGUCACCCGCCGUACAGCCAACGAGGCAUCGCAGGGUGUUGACGCCAGCCCGUUUCCAUGUCGCCCUGGAGCUCCAAAAGUCGAGACUCAGCGCCGAAGGAGUAGGGGCUUUGGCUGAUUUGCAGGUAGAGGUAGCUGCUGUGCUUUUGCAGGAAGAGGAGGGUACUGGUACUGUGCUUUUGCUACAUUUCGGGCGGGAUUGGCAAGACAGGAUCGCUGGUACCGGGUUCCUUGACAGGCUGGGGGAUAUGGGCGAACGCGGGUAUGAGGCUGAAAGAACGUGCCGCGAGAGAGUGGACCGUGAGGUGCGAAAGAGGUGCGCCAUGAUCGUGUGUUCAAUUGUGGUGAGUCCUCAAUCCGGCGAUAAUCAAAUGGGAUCAAACAUCGAGGGCGAGGAGUGUGACUGGAAAGCAACCCCGCGGGACAAUACAAGGCCGAUCGCCGAGCUGUGGCGGAUGCAAAGCAUGACCAGCCUCAAGGAAAUAGAAUACCUCCGCCAAGCAAUCGCCCUCGCCCGGGAAGCCCUCGAGGCCGGCGACGACCCCUUCGGCUCCGUCCUCGUCGAUCCCACCACCGACCAGGUCCUCCAAGCCGACCGCAACCGCACCGUCACGGGCGCCCAGGACCUGAGCUCGCCAGAGGCAGGCAAGCCCGAUGCCACGUUGCACCCCGAGCUCACCCUCGCGCGCUGGGCCCAGCUCAACCUCAGCGCCGAGCAGCGCGCCAGGGCGGUGAUGUACACGUCCGGCGAGCACUGCGCCAUGUGCGCCGCCGCCCACGCCUACUGCGGGCUGGGCCGUAUCGUGUACGCGACCUCGACGGAGCAGUACGGUCAAUGGAGGAGAGAGAACGGCGUGGCGGGGGGCAAGGUCGCUCCCCUGAGUAUUCGAGAGGUCGCGCCUGGUGUCGCGGUUGAGGGACCUGUGCUUGAGUUGGCGGACGAGGUCAGGGCGCUUCACGUGCAGAGGUGGGCUGCGAAGAGAAAGUGA